AUGUUUGGACGUACAGAUCUAUUCAGAAAUAUAGCCAACUUUAUUAUAUCAUUAAAAGCGACUACUACUGCUCCUGUAAGAUUCAAUUAUCCUGCUUUUAGAGGUGUUAAUCAUAAAAAUUUCCAACAAUUAAGUGAAUUUCAAAAGGUUGAAGUUUUAUCAGCAGUAUCUUCACUUCGUAAUUAUUAUCGAGCUUCCAUAUUACAAUUAGAUAGAAGAAGAAAAUUAUUUAAAUUAAUGACUUGGAGACAACAACGAUUAUGUGAAGAUGUUGGAUAUUUAAAUAAAUUAAAAUCUAUUCAAAAAUCCAUUCAAACAAAUCUGGAAUUUACUAAUGCUGUUGCUGAUCAUGUCAUCGAUACUUAUGGAAUCUCAUAUAAAGAUUUUAAUUUGAUUGAUAACAAUAAGAAUAACAAUAACUCUAGUGUAUCGUCAACAAACUAUAGAGUCCUAGAAGCUUUGAGUCAUUAUGUACGUGAUUGGGAAUCUCUUGAAAAUAUCGGCCAAGAACUAAUCCCAAUAUACAAUUAUGUCUUGAAACAUUUAAAUAACAUUAUUCCUGAAGAAGAGAAAUCUACCACCUGUCUAAUAUUCCCGGGAUCAGGAUUGGGUAGAAUGGCAUAUGAAUUUGCCAAAUUAGGCUAUGGGGCAGUUCAUGCAGUUGAAUUCUCGGGGUUAAUGAGUACAUUUGCCCAAUUUAACUUCAGUCCUCAAAAAUCUUCUUCCUACAAAAUAUUUCCUUAUGUUCAUAACAAUUCAGAUUUCUAUACAACUAAAUUGCAAUUAAGAAUAAUGAAUAUUUCCCUUCCUGGUGAAAAACCAGACAACUUCCACUUACAUCAUGAUGACUUUCGUUAUUUCGAAAUCCCUAAUCCAGAGAAAUAUUCUCAAGUGGUUGUUAUUUCAAUCUAUUUCUUAGAUACUGCAGAAAACUUAAUGGAAUAUUUAGAUACUAUAAAGAAAUUGACUGGUCCAAAAUUAAAUAAUUCCAUAAAACGAGGUUAUUGGAUUAAUGCUGGUCCGUUAAAGUAUGGUACUGCAGCCCAAGUUGAAUUAAAUGCUGAUGAAUUGACGUUGAUGCGAAAGAAGACUGGUUGGUUAGAUUUAGAUUCUGUAUAUACAUUAAAAGACCCUUCAAGUGUGGGUAACGAUACUGGCCUCGUGGGUUAUGUUACUGAUACCCAAAGCAUGUGGCAAGGAUAUUAUGGAUUGAAUAUGUUUGCAACUGCCCGAGAGGAGAAUAAAUGA